UUCCACCAGUGCAUUAGCGUUCGACUGCAAUUGUGUACGCGUUUCGCCAUGUUUGGUGCAAAGCCCGGAGGCUUCGGUCAGCCUACCACCAACACUGGUUUCGGAACGUUCGGGACCAACACGGCGGCGGCAAGCCCUUUCGGUCAGACUACCGCAUUUAGCAAACCGGCAACGGGCGCAUUCGGGGCAACUCCAGCCUUUGGCCAGCAGCCCACAACGUCGCUCUUUGGACAAACGCAACAAGCUGGAGGUCUGUUCGGUGCAAGCACCAGCACGGCACCAGCCUUCGGUGCAGCAACGACGCAACCGGGGUUUGGUGUUUUUGGUCAAACACAACCCCAAACAACGUCUUUGUUCGGAACGCAAAACAAUACCGCCGCUAAUACAUCACUGUUCGGCAAUAAUAACAAUGCAUCGUUCGGUGCUGCCAAACCGGCCGGAUUUGGUGUUUUCGGACAACCGGCCACCCAAACGACAUCGCUAUUUGGCCAAUCCACCACGAACAAUACGGCCACGACGGGUUUCUUCGGUCAAAACACGCAAACUCCCGGUGGGUUGUUCGGGGCGGCCAAACCUGCGUUUGGUGCUGCGGCGGUUCCCGGUGUUGCCGGUGGCAAUGGUACCGCGGUUGCCAAGUACCAGCAAACCCACGGUACGGAUACGUUGGUUAAAAAUGGCCAAACCACUACGGUCAAUACGAAGCAGCACUGCAUUACUUUUAUGAAAGAUUAUGAAAACAAAUCGGUCGAGGAGCUGCGGUUCGAAGAUUAUGCCGCCAACCGGAAAGGUCCGCAAGCAGGUGCACCGGGUGCUGGAGGAUUGUUUGGUGCCGGUACGCAAUCGACGGGUCUUUUCGGCGGUACCGGAGCGACGCAAUCGACCGGUUUGUUUGGACAAAAUCAGGCCCAACCAGCGACGGGCGGUCUUUUCGGCACGUCGACCAAUACGUUCGGUGCUACUACGACGCCCGCCUUCGGUACGACCGCUGGCAGUACCUUCGGCAAACCGUUCGGAAGCAAUCCGGCAGCAACGUCAGCACCGGGCUUCGGUUUCGCUCAAUCGACCACCUCCACGUUGGGUGGUGGACUGGGAGCAAAUAAACCCGCAUUCGGUGCAGCCGGUACGACGGGCGGCCUGUUCGGGCAAACGGCUGCACCAGCCACGAGCACCUUCGGGCAGACAAGUUUCGGCGGGUUUGGCACGCAGAAUACGGCCACCCAACCAGGAGGAUUGUUUUCGGGUGCGGGCGCAGGAGCAGCCGCUCCCGGUACGGGCGCAUUUGGAACGCUGGGCGCUCAGUCAACACCGUCUAGCUUCAGCUUCGGUACGAACACACAAACCAGUGCGGCCGGAUCGACAUUGUUCGGAGCGAAGCCGGCCAACACAUUCGGUACACUUGGUGGCACAACGUUCGGACAGAGUGCAACUUCGAAUGCGCCCACAUUCGGGCUCGGUACCAACACAAACACCGCUGGGGGCAAUUCGUUUUUCGGCAACACCUUCAACAAGCAAGCGGCACCGACAUUCGGUUUGGGAACAAACACUUCGACCGGUGUCGGAAUUGGAGGUACUACCGGUGGACUUACCUUCGGUACGGGAUCGUCCUCUCUGUUCGGUAACACGGCAGCUAAGCCAGGUGGAAUGGGGACGGGUACCAGUCUGUUCGGCAACACGUCCACGCUUGGUGGAGGUGGUACGUUCGGAACGAUGAACAUGGGAACAUCGUUCGGCGCAGGUACUGGUGCCGGUGGUCUCGGUAUGUCCAAUCUCGGAGGACUCGGCGCGAUGGGUCAGGGUGCCGCAGGACAGCAAGCUGCACCUAUUCAUCAGCAAAUUCUUGCGAUGGCAACAUCCCCGUACGGCGAUAAUCCCAUCUUUAAGGGCAUCAAACCAUUGGCUGGACCGUCGGAGGAAUCGCUAAAACCGACCAAUCCAUCGGCACAGAAAGCGAUCCUGGAAGGCUCGAACUAUCAGCUAAAAGUUUCUUCCCGUUCCGGGAAUUCUGAUCGCGUGAAGGUUAAACCACUAGGAGCGGCACAGCUUAAAAAGUCCAUAUUCGAAGGCUUGGAAGAGUACGACAGUACGCUGGAGGAUAGUUUUACGCUAAAACCGAAUGCAAAGCGUUUAAUUAUUAAGCCGCGUCCUACCAAAUCUACGAUCAUCAUUCCCGAGGCGGUCGGUGGUACACGUGAAUCAGCGUACAAUCUUUCCGGUGGCUCCAACACAUCGAUCGUUGGAGAUGAUAUGCCGACACCGACGCGCUCCUCGGCAAUGGCUGGAGAAUCGUUCCGCAAUCAGAUUCCAACGCAUCCAACCGAUACUGUACCAUCGAGCAAAUACGCACAGCAGCAGCAACAGCAAGGAGCUACAGAUGGCAGCAGACGUGUAUCGUGGUUGCAGUCAAACGUGCUGGAUAAGGUUCGUCAGCAACAGCAGAGCAACAAUCAGCGUCUCUCGGAAUCGGUGUUGGACAACACGAUCAAGGAGUUUGCCGUAUCAUCCUCGAAUAUGCGAGCGGAAAGGGCUAGCUCGAUGUCGUCGGGUGCCAUUCGUGAAGAAUCAGGAGAAUCAGAUGAAGGCUGUACAAGAAAGGGUACUGGUAAGGACAGCACAUCGCCCGUGCUGGGCAACCAAACGGUGAACGAUAGUUUCAUCUCGAACCGCUCCUUCUUGAACGAAACCAGUGUUGGUGGCGGAAUCGGCACCGAACUAUCGACAUCCGUCGCUGCCGUACUGGAGGAUGCCGAACCGCAUCCCACAGGAAUAGUUCUGCGUCGAGUAGGCUAUUAUACCAUUCCUACACUUGAUGAAAUUGCCCAGCUGAUGGAUGAUGAUGGUCGCUGUAUCGUGCCGAACUUUACUAUCGGUCGAAAAGGGUACGGCAACGUGUACUUCAACGAACCGAUUGACGUUGCCGGGCUUAAUCUGGAUGAAAUCGUACACUUCCGCCACAAGGAAGUGAUUAUCUAUCCCGAUGACGAAAACAAACCACCGGUAGGGACGGGACUUAACCGGAAAGCUCAGAUUACGCUCGAUCAGGUAUGGCCGCACGACAAAACACUUCACGAGCCAAUCAAAGAUCCGCAGCGUUUAGCACUGCUCGAUUACGAAGGAAAGCUGCGCCGCGUUUGCGACAAGCACGACACACGCUUCCUUGAGUAUCGGCCCGAUACGGGCAGCUGGGUGUUUAAGGUGGAACACUUUUCCAAGUACGGUUUAAGCGAUAGUGAUGAUGAGGAUGCAACUCCGGUCGAUCCAAAGAAGGUGAAAAUCAUGCCAGCUGCUCAGCAACGUAAGGAAUUGCUACUGCGCACCAAUAAAACUCAGCCACUCGAAUCGCAACAGCAAGAUAAAGACAACGAAAAAAGUACACCGUCGGGACAGGAGACGAAUGAGCGUCAGCAGGGCAUGGAUACAUCACCGGAUAAGCCGACCGGUACAAAAUCAACAACCCGAAAUGGGUUCGAGAAUGGCGAUGAGGAUGAUUAUAGUCCUGCAGGGUACGGUGAUGAGAAUAUGAACUUUUCCUCCCAAUACCACCGGGACAAUCCAACCAGCCCGACGGCUGCGAUCGCAAUGGAGAUGGGCACGGAUCCGCACAAAAUACAGCUUAUGAAGGCAUCGUUUUUCGCGGAUGAUGACUUCGAUGGACGAUCGGUAACUUCGGAGUUUGGACACAGUGAGGGAAGGGAUAGUCCGGAUCAGAUUGUGCCGAGUGCGGCCACACGUUCAACUGGUGCUGGGACGGGAGGAUUAUUGCUCCAGAGUCUGUACAAUAGCAACAGUGUGCCAUCGGUUAUACAACGCCGGCCACAGGCACCACUUUCCGGGGCGCUGCUAAAGAUAGACGGAUCUCCCUCGGUGGGUUUCAGCCCAGGAAGUCUGAUGAAAACAUCGACAGCUAAAAGUAUUCACGCUGGAUCCACACUGAGUGUGUCUUCGUCCAAGCAAACGGCAACUUCUAAGCAGCAACAAGCUGGUCCGGGUGUACAACAGACCACCCUCCCAGCAAUUCCCCGUCCAACUGGUCCACAGGCAUUACCGCUUUUACUGAAACCUAAAAUCGAAUCGCUUCAUCCGAUAAACAUUGUGAUUCCGCUGUCGAAAUCAGUCCUCAAACGGUUCCUAAACAACAAAUCAAACAUAGCCUUUUUCCAUGGACGCAAAUUUAAAGUUGGCUGGACAUAUGGCACAACCAUCGUGCAGUUAAACACACGUGACAACUGUACCGAGCUGGUACGUCAGUUUGAAUCCGUCAGCAGCAAGACGAUGCUCGGUUCAAAGAUGAAGCUCAUUGGAAUCGAUAAGGUGAAGCCCUUUUUUCGCGGCCGAUUAGACAAUGAUUUUUCCCCAGCUGCACUUCAACUGUUGCGUAUUAAAUCGACGGCCGAACCGGUACUCAUCGAUGAUGAUUCGUUUGCCCGUUCGGUUGAGUGUCAUCUGCGUGUGCAGCUGCGGAACGGUGAGCGUCGUCAUCGAGAUACGAUGGGAAAUGAUUGUCCGCAUCUGGUUGCGGGUGGCAAAUAUCAAACGCUCGAAGAACAUCUCCGCGAGGCACGAUCGUUAGUCGAAACCGCGAGCGAUGAGUAUGGAGAAUUUUGCGUCCAACUAUGGGCGCUGUUGUCCUCCCUGUGGGGUGCAAGAGAAGAGCUGGAAGGAGUGGAUGAAGCCAGCCAUCUGAGUACCAUGUUCCGGCGGGAUCUAUUUUCCGAAUGGAUCGAAGACGUUGUGACGAUUCAUUCGCAGCAGAACAGUAAACGGGCGGAAAAGCGCGAUUAUCUCGAUCAGCUGCUUGAGCUUAUCCACACGCAUAAGGUGCUGGAAGCGUGUGAGUUGGCCUUCACUAACAAUGACAUCAAUCUGGCAAUGCUGUUGGCACAGAUUUCCGGUGGUCCGGUGGUGAGACAGCUGCUGCAACAUCAGCUUUCCUGCUGGCAGGACUCGGAAGCGGAUAAGUUUAUUGAUCCACGACGGUUGGAAGCGUUCAUGGCGAUUGCUGGCGUACGUAUGAUGAGUUCAUCGCACGGUCCCAUCAACAUGCUGGAGCACGUCGAUUGGUUAGGUGCGUUGGCACUUCACCUCUGGUACAUCUGUCCACCAACCGCUUCCAUCACGGAUGCGUUGAUCAAGUACGAGCAAGCGUUUGAAUCGACCGAAUCCUUUACCCAUCCACCGUUACCUCCAUACCGGGCACGGUACUCGCAAAAGGGUCCAAAUAAUGCUCCGUUACAAGAUUUACGUUUCCAUCUGUUGAAGCUGUACUCGAAACGUAGUUAUCCACUGGAACCCCUCCUUAAUCCGGCCUCACACACACCCGAUCCAACCGAUUUCCGGCUUAGCUGGCUGCUGUUGCAGGUGUUGGAAACGCUCGGCUAUCAUCACUGUUCCGAGUACUAUCGGAGCCUGAUUCAUGUCGAGUUUGCGUCCCAACUCGAAAGUCACGGGCUGUGGCAGUGGGCCGUGUAUGUGUUGCUGCAUAUAAACGAUCAAGCCCGUCGGGAACAUGCGAUUCAGCAGCUCCUUUACCGUCACAUACAACUUGUCCCAGAAGAUGAUGCCAGUGAGGAUGAAGAUGCAGAACAGGAACGGCAGGAUUAUCUAGCCCGGGAGAAUUUUAUUGUCGAUGAGCUGGGCAUACCGGAAAGGUGGAUUUUCUGGGCGAAAGCUGUACGGGCGAGUUUUGUGUUCGAUUACAGACAGCAGGCUCACUAUCUGCUGCAGGCGAAGCAAUGGGCCCUGGCGCAUGAAAUCAUUCUGCAACAUCUGGCCCCGGAGUACGUGAUGAACAACAAAAUUCCACAACUGAAAGCCAUGCUGGAUGCCAUCGAGGACACUAAACAGGUAUCCAAGUGGACAACACAGGGUCAGAUCUUGGUUGAUUUCAUCGAGCUAAAUGAGAAGUUUGAGCUGCUGAAGGAUUUAAUGGACGAAGAUUUGAUUGAACAGCGGCUGGAAAGCCUAAAGAUGAAGCUGUCUGAACUCUGCUCGGUUAUAAAAAUGUUCCCGUGUCCCACUCCAAAACACACACUGCUACAGAGCGAAAUAGCACAACGGCUAGCCUUCCUGAUACGGACCCAUUACGCCGACGAUCCGCAGAUCAGUGGCAGCACGCUAAUGCGGGGCGCACUCGAACGAUUACCGCUGCCGGAAGAGCACGUGCUGGAAGAAUUGGACCACAUGUUGCGUGCUUUCUUGGUGGAAGAAUUGAAGCAAAAGUAGA